AUGCGCCUCCACCUCGUAAUAUCCCGCCACGGGCUCCCCAUCACGCGCAUCCUCUGGACAACGACAACAACCCCCGGCUCACCACCAGGCUAUGGCGCGCAACAACGCAGCGGCGCAGCUCCAACAAUCGCGUCGACCCGAACUCCGCAUCUCGCGCUAGCCAAUGGAGCCAGCAGCGCUGCCGGCGGAUACACAGUCGCACAAUUGCUGGAAGACGUGAACGAUGUUGUCCCGCUGGAGACGGAGCCGAGUAUGUUCGACCUUGACCCUGAGUUCAGCGGGACGUGGGGGUUGGAAGAUUACGUCGUCGAAGUUGACGGGUCGGAGUGUCUUCAUUUUAUGGAGAUUGGGGGCCUGCUGAGGGAUGGCGAUGAGGUUGUAAUUCGGUCUCUGGAACUUGUAGAUCUACGCGCGAGAAGAUUAUGCGGGCGUCAUCAGAUUACGCCUGAGGGGAGACAUCUGAUUGAUGGCGUUCCUUUUGGAUCGCCGUUCUCGAAGAGGAGUUUUGCCACCAGGCCGACUAUUACUAUUCCUCCGCGGAAGAAGAGACGGACUGUUUUUUCGGGGUGGGAGCAGGUUCCUGGAUAUGCGAAUGGGCACGAACAAGAACCGGGCGCUGACGAGGAAGGUGAUGGCGAGUGGCUGCCGCCGAAUGCGGGAUUCGGGAAAGAAUUGUCUAUCUUGCCGGCUGAUCAGGAAGUCUCAGAGAUGGGGACUGUCAUUCGGCACCCGAUUGACCACGACGACGACCACUCUGCAGAUGAAGACAGCGACGCCGAUAUCUCCGAACCCGAAGAAGCCGAGCUGGAGAGUGAACUCAAAGCUUUGAAAGCAGACUUUGAAGAACCUGCGUCGCAGUUCAUUGAUAUUCGAAAUCAUGGCCAGCUCGCUAAUCCUGCUAUCCCCGGUACUGGCCCCGCGCUGCGCUCCAGCUUGGUCGAUAAGAGGCCUUCUUCCGCGGAUAGUCUGCGUCGGGGAUCGGUGGCGGGCGCUUCUUCUCUUUCUAGCAAACGCUCACGUGUGGAUGAGUUUUCUCCGCGCAAUUCCAAGGCCGUUAGAUUCAGCCAGGGCGGCGAGGCGCCUAUCAACCCCCCCCACAAAUCGAUAAUAGUGUAG